ACCGGGGCUUAUGGUGUUUCAGGAGGCUGCAAGUGGUUCGAGUGAGCAAACCAUCUGCACACCAUCAUCCAACAUCAGUGUCCCUCCCGGACGUCACGGAGGACGUAUUCUCGAGAUUUAUAAGUGUGUGUGUGUGUGUGUGUGUGCUUAGCGAAUAUUAGCAACACCCUUUUUUGGAGCACCAAAGCCAACCGUUUCCAGCCAUUCUUCCUAAACCCGAUAUCACUCCACAUCCUGAGAAAGCAGUAAGCUUUGGCAUAGAGAGAGAGAUAGAGAGAGAAAGAGAGAGAGAAGAGCCUAAGACCAAACCAAAUCCGCCACCCUAUCUAACGUCAUGCUGCUGAGUCUGGUAGAUGCGGUCCUAGCAGCAUUUCCGUUGAAUCUGCUCUGGCUAACGCUGGCAACGAUGGCGGACGAUGGAACGUAUGGUGUGAUGUCGGCGGCCACAACGGCGACGACGACGACGACGGGACCGUAUGACGAGGAUGGUGAACUAUCGACGAUCAGCCCACCGACAACCGGUCACUAUGCCGCUGAGCUGCAAAAACUGCAUGACCAACACCAGGACCAGGAAUGGGUAGACAGUGCCGCCUAUCAGGUGUACUGCCAGCCGGAGCUGUGCCUGCGCUACAACGAGCACGGUGUACCGGAGCCCAGACGGCACGUGGCGUGCGCUUUCAACGGUUCGUUCAGCGCGCAGUGUCCACCCGGUCGAAUGAUACUGGGGAUCGAUGCACAGUUGAGGCAGUACAUUGAGGACCUGCACAACGAGGCCCGAUCUCGCUUUGCCUUAGGAUACGACAACGACAUUGGUAGUGCAACGACGUUUGCGCCUGCCGUCCGGAUGCCCACCAUGCACUGGGACGACGAGCUGGCGAACCUGGCGGAGAUACACGUGCGCAACUGUAAGUUCAAGCAUGACGAGUGCCGCAGUACGGCGAGGUUCCUGCAUGCCGGCCAAAACCUAGCGACCGGUUCGUUCUACCUGGAACAGGACAUCUUCGGGAUUGUCCGUAACCUCACGGCACUGUGGUACGCCGAGCACGUGGAUGCAGUGCAGGAGGUGCUGGACCACUACACCCGGGAGUACAUGGCCACUAUCGGGCACUUUACCCAGAUGAUCUCCGACCGGAGCACCAGCGUCGGGUGUGGCAUCGUGCUGUACCCGCAGAAGCUGGACGACUUUGUCUUCAAGCAGGUGCUGUACACGUGCAAUUAUGCCAUCACCAACAUCAUUGGUCAGCCGGUGUAUCGGCGCGGUCUCGUGGCGGCCAGUGGUUGCGUCACCGGUCCCAAUCCGGCCUAUCCCGGGCUAUGCAGUGGCGCAGAAAAUGCAUUUAUCCGACCGAUACCGGUCUACGAGUAAAUGGCAUGCAGUGGUAGACAUUCGUUUAGCCGAACCCAAAGGUUCAGGUGUAAAACGACAAUUACUUUCGUACGGAUGUUUAAAUUUAUGGUGCAACCUAUUAUUGUUUUGGCACAUAUGUGACUAGUAAACAAGUAAAAUAUGUGAAGCGUCCCGCCUCGUUUUGCACUGACGAGACGCUUCACGUAUGCCUAAUUUACCCGUGUCCAACCCCUGAACCGAGCCUUCACAACAACGUACGGGACAUCCAGAGGACCACAUCGACAUCCUGCGAUCCUGCGCAUCAUGAACGGCGGGGUUUUUUCUAAAAAAAAACUCAACGUUCGUUCAUCAUCAGCGACGCAGCCAUGCCAGUAAGAACAACAUCGACAUCCUGCUAUCCUGCGCAUCGUAAACGCACCAUGAGCAACGCCCCCGACUGAACAACAUCGACAUCCUGCGAUUCUGCGCAUCGUAAACGGUGGGUUUUUCCCAAACCCAACGCUCGUUUAACGGACAUCCAGCACCAUCGACGGCGACGUACCUCCGGCGACGCCAGUAACAGCAGCAGUGGGUAGAAUACCGAGAAUCUCGAAAAGGGUAACACGGAGUAGAACGAUUGGUAUGCGACAAAACCAUAUAUAAGGAAUAAAGCGCCAACGCUUGCGGUCUCGUUA